CCGAGUCUUUUCGAAUCUUGUUCAAAGUCUUCAAUUCAGUAUGGGACUGUUGCCCGUCACGUUUUAACCGCAGUCGUUCAAGUCGUGGAAAAUCAGUGAAACGCGUGCAGAACCUUCGGCCAGCUGCUACCAAAAUGGCCGCGUCUUAGGUUCUCCGGUUGCUACCAAAUAAUUAGGAAAAAACGUGUGUACUUUUCGCGAAACUCGGGCUGGUGAUGGUGAUACUUGUGAAGACCUAACAAGGAUUACAAAAAAACGCGCAGACAUCACAUCCUCCUCCUUUGGGUAGAGAAAAUUUCUGCAUCAUCGUCGUUGCCGAAGAAGAACGAGCCCCAUGCAGCAGGGUCGUGGAAGUGUAACGAGCGCGUGUCGGUCGGUAGAGGAGAAUCAUUUUAUGUAGCGAAUGACCAGUAAUUAAAAAAGAAGGGCGCGAAAAAUAGUGCCAGUGAUAAGAUGAGCGGAAGGUUAUUGAUACGCGCACUGCCGUUGCUUUUGCUGGGUGUGGCGACACAAUGGAUGGAAACAAGUGGCCAUGUGGCUUUGACGUUUCCACGACCUCGGAAAUAUGACCUCGACUUCCUGGACAAUUCCAGAACACCUGGACCAUGUGGCAUGCCUCGAGGUGACAUCAAGACCUCGUUACUCUCUGGAAGUAGUUUUAACGUGACGUGGCACCUUGCGUAUCCGCAUAAGGGAGGAUUUAGGCUUCAAAUUUUGGACGCACUCGACAGGCCACUUAUUGAUCUUACCCCAGUGACAGGUCAAAGUGAGUUCGUCAAAACUGAUGCGACGGCGCAGAGCUAUCCGAUCAAGAUUCCUCAUAAUUUCACUUGCUUUAAUUGCACAGUGAGAUUGCUUCGUGAAGCUGAAGAAUGGGGAUCUUCAUAUAGGUUUUGGUCCUGCGCUGAUGUCGACAUUGUCGACAGAAAAACUUUUAGGGAAACUUGCAGUGGUCAUGGAAGGUAUCUGCUAGGCAGGUGCAAAUGUGACUUAUUUUAUCAUGGUGCUAAAUGCCAGUACAAAGAAGAGUGUAUGGACGACACAGAUUGUGGGACGCAAGGUGCUUGUAUUGACAAUGGUGGUACUACAGCACCAACUAAGCACUGUUAUUGUAAUGUAGGAUGGUUUGGUCCAGGCUGUUCAAAAAGAUCGACUGUAAAGAACACAGACAUAGACCUGGAAUCUUACACUAAGAAGAGCUUCUCCGAGGAUUUCACUUUCUACUGGAGGAUACUCAAGGACACACAAGAACUGGAAGGAGUGGCAGUGGUGAAUGGCACCUCAUGGGUUGGAGUUGGUUGGAGACCCAGUUCUUUAACAUCUUCUUGUAAAGCUUUUCCGGAAAUCAAAGAUCGUCAUUCUGGACAUUCUGCUGGAGAACCGCUUCCGCAACCGGAACCAAAAUCAGAAUCAGAACCAGAACCGAACGCCGAACCAGAACCUAAGUCUGAGCCAGAACCAGAAUCUGAGCCAGAACCUAAGUCUGAAUCUGAACCAAAAUCUGAACCAGAACCAAAAUCCGAACCAGAACCAAAAUCCGAACCAGAACCAAAGUCUGAACCAGAACCAAAAUCGGAACCUGAACCCAAGUCGGAACCAGAACCUAAAUCUCAACCGGAACCAAAGUCUAGGCCUUUAAUUAGGAAGCAAACAAGGGGAAACUUGUUUAGGCCCAAUACUUCAACUCCAAAGCCUGAACCUGAACCGGAACCGGAAUCAGCUUCUGUCAGGUCAGGUGGAACUAAAAGGAGGUCAGCUAAGGUUGAUGGCGCCACCGAAGGACCAGAGUCCGACGUUACUGUGCAGACAAGUGUAACAUACCAAGUCAGCACAAAACAAGGACGGAAAAGACGAUCGCCAGAAGCAGCAGCGUCAGAACCAACCGGGGAGCCAGUUGGUGAGCCUAUCGCUCACAAUGCCGAGCCCGAGCCUAAAUCCGAGCCAGAACCCAAAUCUGAACUAGAACCUAAAUCCGAAUCCGAACCUAAAUCCGAACCAGAACCAAAGUCUGAGCCAGAACCUAAGUCUGAAGCAGAGCCUAAGUCUGAACCAGAACCUAAAUCUGAGCCAGAACCCAAAUCUGAACCAGAACCUAAGUCUGAGCCAGAACCUAAAUCUGAACCAGAGCCAAAAUCUGAACCAGAACCAAAGUCUGAGCCAGAGCCUAAAUCUGAGCCAGAACCAAAGUCUGAGCCAGAGCCUAAAUCUGAGCCAGAACCUAAGUCCGAACCACAACCUAAAUCCGAUCUCGCUCCAAAGUCCGAACCAGAACCUAAAUCUGAACCCGAACCGCAAUCCGAACCGGAACCAAAGUCCGAGCCGGAACCAAGCGCGGAACCUGAACCUCAUUCUAAAGGUUCUUCCAAGUCGGGAGCUACGAAAGCAGCACCCACACCAAAGCUUCACAAGUACACUCCAAAACACGACUUCAACCCGAUGGAUUGCACAGACAUAGUAAUUGGUAUGGCUCAAGGAAUGAGACACCGAAUUGGAGAUUACUACACCAGAGAUAGAUCCACUCCACGUCUUGAUACUUUCUGGGGUGGUCAAGACAGUUUAACAGCAGCAAUGGGAUUCGAACGUGAUGGAGUGACAACUAUCCUCUUCAGAAAAAAACUCACAUCAACAGAAGGAUUCACAGAUCAUGAUAUCAUCGAUGGUGACAUGCAAGUCAUCUGGGCGAAGGGCCAAGAAUCUGGAAAAUAUAUUCAUUCUCCUCCAAGUGGUGUUGAGGAAGGAAGAGUCAGUGUUAAAGAUUUCUACAAAGCAGAUGAACUCAAGUACCAUGGUCAUAAAUCCCAAAGGGGCGUUGCUACCAUUAACUUCUUUGAUGAAAGUGGAAAAUCAAACUUUGGAGCUGGAAUUCCCCUCGAAGGUGGUGGAUGUGGAGGGGAAUGGAGAUAUCCAAGACAAUGUUCUCCAAAGAAUGGAACCUGUGAGUACAGAAUAAAAUGGCUGUACAAGAAACGAGAGGAUAAAAUAUACUUCACGAUCGUGACGAGCAACACCGACUCAUGGACUGGAGUUGGCUUCUCUAAAAAUGAAAAAAUGAGUCAAACUGAUGCAAUUCUUGGAUGGGUUGACAAAUCCAAUGGUCGACCAUUCGUCAUGGACACUUGGAUCAAUGGUUACAAUGCCCCUCUUUUGGAUCCUUCUCAAGACAUAUAUAACAUUAGCGGAAAGAUAGAAAAUGGAGAAACGACUUUGAUGUUCUCCAGAAAACGAGCCACUAAGGACCAUCGAGAUCUUUCAUUUACUGAUGAUGAAUGUCUUUACAUGAUGUUUCCAGUGAAAGGAGGUGUUUUCCAUGCAGUCAACAAAAAAAUUAAACAACAUGCUUCAGUUCCAAUUGUUUCUGGUGACAAGAUCUGCAUCAAAUCCUGUGGAUUCGAUGAUGAUAUUGAAAUUACGACUCCAGCUCCUCCGAGACUUUUCUACGAAUUGGAAGUGAAGUUAGUGAAUCUUGGGGCUGGUUUCAAAGCUCCGGAAUAUGGAACUCAAGACUUUGAUGACAUUUCAAAUAAAAUUUCUAGUAGCUUUUCCCCAGCUUUGGAAAAAGUACCUGGGUAUCAUGGGCUCAGAGUUGACAAUCUUCGAAAAUAUUUUAGUGGCGAAGAUGAUGGUAUCUUCGCAACGAUGAUCAUGGCGAUUGACAAGAACGAAAUUAAAGGAAGAGCUCUCAGGCCUUCGGAUACAAUGGCUAAGGCAAAAGCCGUUCUUUCAGAGGCCAUCACAAACGGAAGAGUUGGUGCUCUUACUGUCGAUCCUCAGUAUUUGAUUCUUCAACCUUACAGAACAAACAGCAUCGACGAUGAUCUGGAUGUUCAAGAAAAUAGAACUUCCUCAACCAGGGAAUCUUUUUGGGAAUCCCCACAAUUCUACCCCAUUGUUGGAUGUCUAGCAGCAUUGCUGGCUCUUUGUUUACUGCAAGCAAGCUGCACUGUUUAUCGGGCUUCCAAGAAGAGGACCACAAAGGACCGACUAAUAGCCAAGAAUGCUUGGAGAGAUUACACAGCUGGAGCAAACACAAAUUUCGCCUUCGAGGCUUUCGAAACUGAGGAAAAAGCACCCCCACCCCCUGUUUCAAGUCUUCCCCGGCCCAGGGAAAUGAUUGGACCCAGUAAUGGAAUUCCUGUUGAUGAGCCUUCCCAGCAUCAACAUCAUCAUCUGCAGCAUCAAAGUCAGCAUCAGAAUCAACAUUCAAACCAACAGCCACAUCAACAUAAACAUCAGCACCAGGAUUUACACAAUCCUCGGAACAGCAUAGGGGCAAUGGUUCCUGGUCCCAGGGCCACGUAUAGUCUUCCUCGAGCCCCAGGUCACAGACAUUCAUCAGGGAUGGCCUCAUCCUCUGGUCCACAACCUCAGGGUUAUUAUACUCAGGAUCGCAGAAAUUUACAGCGAUCCAAAAACCCCAACCACGCCCAUUCGGGAUCCCAAUCUUUGCUUCAACCCCAACCAGACUUUUACUUCAUGCCCAGCCAGAGGAAGUACAGUGGUGAAGUUGUGCGCGUUUAUGUCGACUAUGGAAAUCACAAGAAUAAUAAAUAGACUAUUUGUGAUUACCAAAGUAUCGCUCACAAGCGAAAGUUUUUUAACUUCCGCAUCAGAUUGUUACCGAGUAGCUUUCCGGUAAAGCAAGUUUUAUGUAAAUAAGCAGUGCUCACGGCAACGUGAUCGUCAAGUGUUAGUGUUUUACAAAUUUUCAAACUCUAUUACAUGUAGGUUAUCUGAGUUUGUCUUUGUUUUUAUUAUAUGACGAUGUACUUAAUAUAGCUAGGGAGAAAAUGCAGACAGACUUUUGAUUGUUUAAUUUUUAAGUUGAACACUUUCUGGAUACAAAUUAGAAUAUUUGAAAGCUUCUGAAGUUUUGAAGCUUGAAAGCAUGCAGAAAAAACAUAAGGACACCAAACUAGUGGAACUGAAAAUGAACACUUUUCUGUUGCUAGAAGUACGCACACAUACAUGUGCAAAAUCCUUCUUACGUAUAGUUUGAAACUUCCCGAGUGUGGCGUGCCAACCUCACUUAAAAAACAUAUGGUUGCCGAUGUGAAUGCGAGUCAAAUAUAAAUAAAUAAUGAUUGA